AUGGCCACCGAGCGCGCUUCCGGGCGGGACGCGGCCGGCCCGCUCCUCCCUUUCCGGAGCGCUCCUCUGCUCCCGGCCAAUCGCGGGGAAGGAGGCGCGGAGGGAAAGAGCGGGGCCGCGCCGCUGGGCGCCAAAUUCAACGGCGCCGCCAUUUUGGUGCGCCGGGCGGCAGCUGCCGGGGUUGGGGGGACUAUGGCUGCCGGCGUGAAAGAUUUGCCUGACUCUUCAGUAUCUUCAUUGAACUCACAUAGUGUUGAAGGAGAUGCUAUCAAAGUGUUUGUAAGAGUACGUCCCCCUUCAGACAGACCUGCAUUAACUGAUGGUGAUCAUGGCCUGUGUUUAUCUAUCCUUUCAUCAAAUACCAUCCGUCUGCAUUCAAAGCCUGAGCCAAAGAUCUUCACUUUUGAUUAUGUUGCGAAUAUGGAAACAACACAGGAGUCUGUGUUCUCAGGUGCGGCUAAAAACAUUGUUGAAUCUUGUAUGAAUGGCUACAAUGGAACCAUCUUUGCAUAUGGCCAGACUGGGUCAGGAAAAACCUUUACUAUGAUGGGACCAUCUGAUUCUGAUAAUUUCACUCACAGUCUGAGAGGUGUAAUUCCACGGAGCUUUGAAUACUUAUUUUUUCUAAUCGAGCGGGAAAAGGAAAAGGCUGGCAGUGGAAAGAGUUUUCUCUGCAAAUGUUCAUUUAUUGAAAUCUACAAUGAACAGAUAUUUGACUUGCUAGAUUCUGCUUCAGCCGGACUCUUUCUCAGAGAACACAUCAAGAAGGGAGUCUUUGUUGAUGGGGCUUUUGAACAGGUGGUGUCAUCUGCUGCUGAGGCAUACCAGGUGUUAACCAAGGGCUGGAGAAACCGGCGUGUAGCAUCGACUUCCAUGAACAGAGAAUCCUCCAGAUCACAUGCAGUUUUUACUAUCACAGUGGAAUCCAUGGAGAAAAACAAUGAGGUUGUUAACAUUCGGUCUUCCCUCCUUAACCUGGUAGACUUGGCAGGAUCUGAGAGACAGAAAGACACCCAUACAGAAGGAAUGAGGUUAAAGGAAGCAGGUAACAUCAAUCGAUCACUAAGCUGCCUGGGCCAAGUAAUCACAGCACUUGUUGAUGUGGGCAAUGGCAAACAGAGACACAUUUGUUACCGGGAUUCCAAGCUCACUUUUCUGCUACGGGAUUCUCUUGGUGGUAAUGCAAAAACGUGUAUAAUUGCAAACAUUCACCCAGGAUCCAAGUGUUUUGGUGAAACACUGUCCACUCUCAACUUUGCCCAGAGAGCAAAGUUGAUUAAAAACAAGGCUGUAGUAAAUGAAGAUACACAAGGAAAUGUGAGCCAGCUGCAAGCUGAGGUCAAGAAGUUGAAAGAACAACUUGCUCGACUUACUUCAGUGCCAUCUGUGUGCAGUAUUCCUGUAUCACAAGAUGUUGUUGACAAAGGGAAGAUCAACAUAAAUUACAUGAACAACUUUCUUGAGGCAAUGUUGUUCUGGGAGAAAUCAGAAGGCGAAAAGAAGAAUUUAUUAGAAAAAGUUGCACAGCUAGAAGAACUGUGUGCCAAGAAGGAGAAAUUUGUUCAGUCCAAUAAAAUGAUAAUUAAAUUCCGGGAAGACCAUAUUGUUCGCCUGGAGAGAUUACAUAAAGAAACUGGUGGAAUUUUAUUGCCAAAAGAGCAAGAUGAUCUCCUCCGUGACUUGAGGAAGGAAGUGCAGAUACUCAGAGAACAGAUGGAACGACACCCACGAAUUGCAAAAUACGCCAUGGAGAACCAGAAUCUUAGAGAGGAGAAUAAAAAGCUUCGCUCUUUACAGUCAGUUAAAAAGGCCCAAGAAAUUGAUGCUCAGACCAUUGCAGAGCUAGAAAAAGCUUUUUUGGAAGCUUCAGCCACAGAGAAAAGUACUGGAGGUCACCGCCUACAUUCUGCCACCAUGUCAGUGGAAGGCAACUCGCUGGCAUCUGUCGAAAGGCUGAAAGCUCGUCUGCUACAGACCCAAGCUGAACUGGCAACUUCAAAGCAAGAAUACGAAGAAUUUAAAGAGCUAACCAAGAAAAAACAGAUGGAACUGGAAUCAGAGCUUCAAUCCCUUCAGAAAGCAAACCAGCAUCUUGAAAACAUUCUGGAGGCAACCAAAGCGCACAAGCGCCAAGAAGUCGCUCAGCUACAUAAGCUACACAGAGAAAGUCUUAAGAUCAUAACCACUCCAACUAAAGCUUACCAGCUGAGGUCUCGCCUUGUGCCACGAAUAAGCCCAGACUAUAAUUCUGAAGUUUUUCAGCGUUCUGAAGAGAUGAUGGAUGACAUUCUAAAAGAGCCAGUUCCUCCAGAGAUGACUGAGCAAGCAUGUGAAGCCAUUGCUGAGGAGCUCAAAGUAGCACAGGAGCAAAUAAGCACAAUGCAGACAAAGCUGGAUGAAGAGGAAAGCAAGAAUAUAAAACUCCAGCAACAUAUUAAUAAACUGGAGCAUCACUCUGCACAAAUACAGGAGCUUCUUUCAUCUGAGAGGAAUAACUGGAGUAAAGAACGCCAGGAGCUCCUUGAACACACAAAAUCACUGGAAAAGCAGCUUCAAGAAAGUCAAAACAAUGCUGAUUUAUUAAAAAGUGAAGUCCAUGACUUGCGCAUUGUCCUGCAGUCUGCCGACAAAGAGCUGUCUGCUGUAAAACUGGAAUAUAAUGCCUUUAGGGAAAAGCAAGAGAAAGAAAUAAGUCAGCUUUCUGAUAGACAUAUGGAUGUACAGUUCCAGCUUGACAAUGUCAGGCUAGAACAUGAAAAGAUUCUUGAAGAAAAGACAAGCCUGCAGGAUGACUAUGACAAUUUUCAGGAGGUAGCCAAGUUUGAGACCGACCAGCUGAAACAACAACUGGAUGACAGGAAGCAAGAAGCAGAAGCAAUGAAAAGUCAGCUUUGUAACCUUUUGGAGCUUCUGAAAACAGAAAAAGAACGUAAUGAAAAACUAACAUUGCAAUUACAAGAAGACAAAGAAAGCAAUUCAAAGGAGCUCUUGAAAGUAAUUGAAAAAGCAGAGGAGGAGAAACCAUUUUCUAAAAUGAUGACACAAUGUGAGCAGCAGGAAGCAAAACUGAGGAUGUUGGAACAGGAGCUGAUUGCUGCUGAAGAGACUAUUGCUGCUUUGAAGAAGACAAACAAUACAGAUAAGGAAGUUGUAACUGACUUGAUGAGACAGAUCCAGGAGCUGAGGUCUUCAAUUAAUCAUAAAACUGAGUCCAUAGAUGGGCUGACAAGAGAGCUCGAGGAUAUAAAUUACAAGUAUAACGUUGUUCUGGCUGCAAAAGAAGAAAGUAAGAAAAUCAUAGAAGAUCAGGAAAAGAAGAUUGAAGAACUGAAGGAAGCCUUGGAAGGAAGAGAAAUAGCUGAUAACAUUGAGAGGGACCUUCUGUGUGAAGAAUUGCGUCAUACUGCUGAUCAGCUGAUAAGUCUGACAGAGGCUUCUAAGAAACAUGAUGCAUUGCUCCAGUGUGCACAGGAAGACAUAGCAAAGAAAGAAGCUGUAAUCCAGGAACUCAGGGAACAGUUGGACAAAAAGACUGAGGAACUGGAGAACAGGAAGGAUGAAUAUGAAUUGAAAAUGAAGCAACUAGACUGCUUUGUGGAUGCAUCUUCAGUAACAUUUCCUCAGUGUCCACAAACCCCUCCUAAUUUUGAUGUGAAUUUGGCCAAGCUUUUGGAAACUCAUGAGCAAGAAAUAGCUGAUAGAAGGGCCUCUGCAAUAAAUCUGGAGCACCUUGUGCAUGAACUGAAUGAAGAACGAAGAGCAAAAAAUGAUGAAAUUCUAAGGCUGAAGGAACAAUUAAAUGAGUUGGAGAACUUGCAUCUGGAAAUUCAGAUAUUGACGGAGAACAACAGGAGUUUACAGAGCCUUGUAGAAGCUCAGAGAUCAGGCAAGAACAGUGAUCAGAAACAUGCUGAUGUCCAGUACCUUAAGGAGAAAGAGGAAGAGAUUGCUGAAGAGCGACUUGCCAAGAAUAAAGCAGUGGAAGAAAUGCUGAAAAUCAAAGCAGAAUUAGAAGAGACCAAAAAUAUCCUUAGAAUUCAGGAGAAUACCUGUCAUGAAAUUACACUGGAGAUGGAACGAACAAGGACUUUGGAACUCAAAGCAUUUAAUGAGAAAGAGGAAAUUAGAUCAAAACUGGAGGAAGCACAUGAAGAAAGACACAAGUUUGAAAAGGAAGUAGAAUUGCUGAGGAAGCAAGUUGAGUCACUUGCUGAGGAGAAUGGGAAAUUACUUGGUCAUCAAAACCUAAACCAGAAGAUUCAGUAUCUUGUGAGACUGAAGAAAGAAAAUGCUAAACUUAUAGAGGAGACUGAAAAACUACGAGUUGAAAAUGCUUUUUUGAAAGAAUCAAAAAAAUGUAACAUUUGUAGACACUAUGAUCAGCUGUAAUGACCCAAAUAAAACUGCAGAGCCAUAUGUUUAAAGUGUACAGAAUAAGCAAAAGUCUGCUGUCAAAUUUCACUUUUACUGUGGUUCUGGAAUAAUCAAGUAUUGUAGUUUGUAGAUUUUUUGCUGGUAAUAACUCUAAGUGAAGAUUGUUAUUCCAGCUCUGUGGGCAGCUUUCAAUGACUUUUUAACACCUUUUUGUAAUUUUUCAGUUUAAAAAAUGAUUUUGUAUAGGUGCUGGAUAGAUACUUCCUUGAAACUUCUGUGCCUUGCCAAGGAAAAGCUUUCUCACUGGGACCACACUUGGAUUUUUUGUCUCCUUUUGUGCUUUUAUUCAGGUUCUUACCUGUUACUGUAUAGAGUUAUGAGCGGUGAGAGGACACAGUAACAUGGCACUCUGUUGCAUGGUGCUAGAAAGAGCUGUUUUUGAAGAAAACCAUGGCUUUAAAUAAAAGAGUUAGUGCAAAACAAAAUAGAAAAGAUUCAUUGGUCAGAGAAGGAAACACCUCUUGUCCCAGGCUUUCUCAUGAAUCCAGCAGGUGUUUAUCUUUUAUUAUAAUUCUUUCUCUUAUGUUUACAUUAGAGAAAGGUCUCUAGCUUGGGAAAAAGCCCUAGCUGAGCCUGAGAAAGUUAAACUGGAAAAAUCCUUAAGAUUUUCCCUGAGCCUGUAACAGCCACACCUACCUCUUCUGAAAUGCAACAUUUUCCAUCAGAGCCAAAAUUAAAAAAGCACAAUUCCUUUGUGUUUAUUCCUUUAAUUAAACAUAGGAUGAUUUUCCUGGGCUUCUUAAAAAUAAUUUUCAUAUUGAACUUUGUUCAAUAAAGUGUAAAUGUGAAUUUAGUAACAGGCUUGUAAAUAGUACUAUAAAUACAUUUUUGGUUUCUGUUCUUUCAUUAUUUGAAAAGAAAGUGCUUUUCAAACCUUUUUUCUGUUAGUAUAGAGUAUAUAGUGCUUCUGUUGUAGUACUGUAGGAAAUUCUAAGUAUUUUGCAACCCUUUUCUUAUCAAAGAAGUGAAAAAUGUUAGGAAAAAAGAUGUGAAAAUAUGCAGAACAUUUUAGGAGUACAGCUUAAGUUCAUUUAAUCACACUUAAAGAUUUAUUACAAAUAACUGAAAUGUUUGUUAGUGGAACACAAAAUGUUCAUUUCCAUAGCAAUAUCAAACUAAGUUUUUUUAAGUGCCACUAAUCCUAUUGUUCUGUUUUCUGGCUAAUUCAUACAAUACUAGUUUUGACCACAAGUGCUGGGGCAAAAGGGAAUAAAGAGGAAAGAUGUGUCUGGUAAAGGGUACAUUACUUGGCUGAGGGGAAGAAUUUCUACCACCUUAUCUAUGAAUUUUUAAGUUGCAGAUUUGCUCCCACUUUAGAUGUGAUGUGAAAUAUAGAAAUAAAAAGCUGACCUUAAAGGGAAGAGUUGUUGGGUAGAAGAAGAGGUCAGAACUAGCACGGAGGAUGAGCACGCAGGCCAAGUGGGCUUCGUCACGGGUGCUUUUAUUUGUGACUGCCAUUUUCUCGGUUUACAAGUGUUCCUUUCCUGUCUGUUUCUGGACUGUUUUCACGUGCUACCCUUUUCCUGUGUGGUACGUGGCCACAGCAGGAGCAGCGUUGUCCCCUGGCUCCAUGCUCGGUGUUUGUUUCAAUAAAGCCUUUGUACA